AAGCUCCCUCUGCUGGCCAGACGGAGAAACGCACUCAGGAUCAGCUGACCUGCUCUGAGCUGAAUCACAUGACGAGCACAAGGGGCUCGAAAAUAGGAAGCGUUUCGGCACAUCUGAACGCCGUAAUCUUCCUGUGGGACAUGUGAACAUGGCAGCUGCUGUGGAGAGGACGGAUGAUAUUGUGAGGGAAUAUCUGAUCUACAGAGGCUUCACCAGCACCCUCAAGCACCUGGAUGUGGAAAUCAAAGCCGACAAGGAGAAAGGAUUUCGGGUUGAUAAAAUAAUCGACCAGCUCCAGCAGUUCAUUCAGAGCUAUGACCUGGCCGGACUGAAGGAGUACUGGGGCUACCUGGACCGCAGGCUCUUCUGUAGAUUGGAGGACGUCUACAGGCCCACGGUCAACAAGCUGAGGACCAGCCUCUUCCGCUACUACCUCGUGCACACCGUACAGAUGAAGAAUCAGGAGAAGACUCAGGAGUUCUUCCAGAAGCAGGCGGCGGAGCUGCAGGGGCAGGCGGAGUGGCGGGAUUGGUUCGUUUUGCCCUUUAUCCCUGUGCCGGAACAGAAUCCAGCCUUUUCUCCGUAUUUCUCCCGCCAGUGGGCCGACACUUUCCUCGUCUCGCUCCACAACUUCCUCAGCGUUCUCUUCCAGUGCAUGCCCCAGCCAGUCCUCCUGAGCUUUGAUGCGGAGGUGCAGAGGACCACCAGCAUCCAGGAGGAGAACGAACAGCUGCGGCAGAUAUUGUUUGCACUCCAAGGAGAAUUGAAGCCCAAGAAGUCCGAGGAGAUGGUGCAUCACAAACUGCCCGCCUACGUCCAGCACAUGGACAGAUUGGGUGACACAGAGCUGGAUCUGGUGACGAGUCAGCGCGCCACUAACCCCUCCACGCCUUCCAGAAACUUCUUCUCCACCUUCUUACCCCAGGGCAGAAGAGCCACGACCCGAACCCCGCAGGGACCCCCGGGUUCCUCCCCCACCCAGGCAGCCCUCGGCAGGAAGGACACCGCAGCCAGUCAGGCUGUGAAGGCGAAGGACCCUACAGCCUCAAAGGAUUCCAAGAUGGUGGUGACCAUAGAGCAGGGCACUGGUCACUCCAGACAGAAGAGACAGAUGGACCAUGAGAAGGAGAGGAAGGAACUGUUCUCCAAACAGCCAGCACAGAGUUCUGAGAAGAAAGCAGAAAGUUCGGACACAGAAACUCAGCCUGAGAGUGAAACCUCAGACUUGCCUACCAAUCAGGCGCGAGUUGGAGGCGAAGUGGGCGGAGCAGGGGCGGGGGCGGAGCAACCGUUCAUCAAGCUCAGUCAGGAGGAGUACGGAGAGCAUCACUCGUCCAUCAUGCACUGCAGAGUGGACUGUUCAGGUCGAAGAGUAGCCAGUCUGGAUGUGGAUGGUGUGGUAAAAGUUUGGUCCUUUAACCCCCUCAUGCAGACCAAAGCCACCAUCAUGUCCAAAUCUCCUCUGCUUUCGCUGGAGUGGGCCACCAAACCAGAUAGACUGCUGCUGCUGGGCAGCGGCGUCGGCACGGUGAGACUCUAUGAUACAGAGGCUAAGAAGAAUCUGUACGAAAUGACCAUAGACGAGGCUCAUCCACGGAUCUUGUCGUUGGCCUGCAGUCCCAGCGGGACGUCCUUCGUGUGCUCCGCGGCUGCCAACAUGUCCCGUCCAGGGAGCAUAACGGAGACGGUGCCUCGUGCUUCUCUGCCCGUCUCUGGGCAGCUACUGCUCUGGGACACCAAGACAGUCAAACAACAGCUGCAGUUUGCUCUGGAGCCCGGUCCCGUUGCUGUAAACUGCACCGCCUUCAAUCACAACGGGAACCUGCUGGUGACCGGAGCUGCUGACGGCAGAAUUCGCCUGUUCGAUAUGCAGCGCUAUGAGAGCGUGAUGAGCUGGAAGGCUCAUGAUGGGGAGGUGUACAGUGUGGAGUUCAGCUACGAUGAAAACACCGUCUUCAGCAUCGGAGAGGAUGGGAAGUUCAUUCAGUGGAAUAUCCACCGCUCUGGUGUGAAGCAGUCAGAGUACUUGCUAUCCCAGGAUGCUGUGGGGCCAUUUGUGCUGUCGGGCUACAGCGGCUAUAAGCAGGUUCAGGUGCCGCACGGACGACUGUUUGCUUUCGACUCAGAAGGGCAGCACGUCCUCACCUGCUCCAGUACCGGAGGACUCAUCUAUCGACUGAAUAAAGGCGAGUCGGGCCUGGAGAGCGUGUUGUCUCUAGGAGGUCACAAGGCUCCAGUGGUAACAGUGGACUGGUGUUCUGCUGUAGACUGUGGAACGUGCCUCACUGCCUCCAUGGACGGAAAGAUCAAACUGAGCACGCUUCUGGCACAGAAACCCUGAUCCCAGAACUGCUGCCUUGCAGCCUUUAUCACUGUCAACAUUCAGAACAGCUGAUCUGAGAGCAGCUCUUCACACAUGACCUGUGAGUCAGUAACAGGCUGGCAGGUCUCAGCUAGACUGUAGCGAUGAACAACAAAAGAAAUGAUCAGUGUUUGGAUUUAUCUCAAUUAUGGUCCUUUACUCCUGCCACUUACAUACAUACAUACUGUGCAAACAUCCAAGACCACUGUUUAUUUAUUUAAUUUAGAAACACAAGACGGACAAAAAUGGGCCUCCUAACAACCACCUGGAAGACCUGGUCGACAC